CGGCAGCGCAGUGACAAUCCCAGUUUCCAAGUUUCUCUAGUGCUCGGCAUAGGGGUAGACACACACACAGAGACUUAAGCCUCCUCAAAGCUGGCAAUCAUCGAAGGAUUCAUGGUCUGAUGGUGGAUCGCCUGCAUAUCUUGACUCCCGUCAUUUACAUAGAUGUCAAAUAAUCCAAAUAUAACCUGGCAUCUAUGUAUGUACUUUUCUCCUCAGAAUUAUUUAAUCUCUCACUAGGCUUCCUUUGCUGGCCCGGCGGGGAAAUUUGACGUCCUUUCUUCCUUUCAUCCUUUUCUACCAGCGCUCCUAUAAUGUGGUAAUAUGCUCAGCCGCAUCACCCGCCGAUGCCUUAAGACCCCCACUCGUUCUUGAUCAAAUGCCAUCCUUCCGUUAGAGCCGCCUGAGAUCAUCCCAUGCAAGGGCCUAUCUGACACGACUCCACGGCCUUUCGCCUUCCUUGUUCGUCCUCGGCGUAGGAUAGACGAUGUCCGAGUUCCGCUUCUCCUCCGACAAUUUCGACGACCCGGAACCCUUUUCUAAUAGGCCCGCGACGAUCUGGGGGAUCGUUAUAGCUGGUUUGGUUGUGUCGUGGAUAUGUGUUGUCUUUCGGAUCUAUAUCCGGUCGAGCAUUCACGCAGCCGGCUGGGAUGAUUUCUGUGUAGGGCUCUAUCUGGUUACUAUUACGGCCGGAUCGAUAGCGAUAUGUCUUUCGGUGAAAUACGGACUCGGGAAGCACUUCUUACUUCUAGAACCUUGGCAGGCUAAGGGCUUUCUUCUCACUUUCUAUAUCGGCAACGCAGCAUACGUGACCUCGACGACAUUGAUCAAAGAGGCGCUGUUGCUGCAGUAUCUUCGCAUGUUCGAUCGGGGGCCAUUCACCCAGCGCCUGAUCGUGCCACUAAUCGUUUUCACGGCCCUAUGGGGGUUUUCGUAUUCGUUCCUGGCCUGGGUGCCGUGCGUGCCCGUCGAGAAGUUCUGGAGCGGGGGAGAAGGGCACUACUGCUACGCUUACGGUUCCUACGAGGCUGGUCCAUUCAUCGCCACAUUCGAGAGUCACGCCGCCAUCAAUAUAACGCUUGAUGUGCUCAUACUCUUGAUGCCGAUUCCCCUGUUCUUCAAAGAUGGUACGACCGGGCCUGCUCGUUUGCGACUUGUUGGGCUUCUUUCUAUGGGCACCCUGGUUAUCGGGUUUGCGGCCUGGCGGUUGGCGACGAUCAUCGGGAACCAGGGAGCGACAUGGCCGACUCGGGAUCCGACAUGGUAUGGCCCUCUUAGCAUCAUCUUGGCUGUGCUCGAAGUGGAUGCCGCCAGUAUUUGUGCGAGCGUCCCGGUCUUCUGGCCGGUUCUCAGAGGCCUGCAGUGGGGCAAGAUAUUUGUGACCCAAGAGGUCAACAUCACACGCGAGACGCGAUACAUGGACGACGACCAGGACCGAUUGACGCACAGCACGACACACAGCAGGACAGGUAGCGACACAGACUUAGGCCCGAAAGGCAUCUCGAAAGUUAAGAGAACCAAGGAGACAUACUACCAAGACGCAUAUGUUUUAAGUCAAGUUGAUCCAUUGCGAACGUCGAUCGAGCACGUUCAAGCAAGUGUACGGAGUGACGUUGCAAAAGGUGGUUCGAGAAAAUGGAUAAGGAUAUGAAGUACGGUAUCUGCAUGAAUAUUACAGUUGACUGCUGCAACUUCCGUCAGUGACCUUGAGAUGUCAUCUAGCCGCAGCCUUUAGGGUUUUAUAUUUGGUGCGGUUUACUAACUCCGACAUGCACGCUCAAGUACUGGAAAAGAGUCUACUCGCCGACGACUUGGUUCCUCAGCGGAUAGUUGAUAUUACUACGAUAGGUAGGGUAACCUAAUCGAUGGAAAUGACGCCUAGAAC